CGUCACGGAUCCAGCAAUUGUGUGUUGCAUCUGCUGACGAAUCUUUUCGAGUGUUUUCAGCUGAAUUUGCUGCUUUUCUGUCCGUUAGUCCGGGUUCAGUUGCAGCAGACCGGUCGAACAAUAGCUCAGAUCCGGCAGAAGGUUUUCAGAAAGACGAUUAAACCCCGAUGCGGGAGAAUGAAUAUCGGUUCUAAGAAUAAGAAGCGGGUGGUGCUGCCCAGCCGUCCAGACCCCCCCACUGUGGACCAGAUCCUGGAGGACAUCAACAGAGCCGCUCCCAAUGACCCGGUCUUCAGCAUCCUGGAGCAGACUGGACAAGACUCAUCCCGGUCUUCGGACUCUGAUGUGGACUUGAAGUUCCAGCAGUGCCGUCAGUACCUGGAUCUGAACGAGCGGCUGCAGGAGUCUCGAAGUCGGCUGCUGCGACAGAGGGAGGAGCUGAGGGCAGCAGGGGAGCAGCUGGACAGAGAUGUGGCAAAGGUCAAAGGUCAACCACUCUGACUCUACCUGCUGUCACUGACUCUUCUUGGCUGUCAAGGAGACUUUUAUACUGAUGGCCUCAGUGAGGGCUGGAUCAGCUGGAUCAGGACUAGCCAGCUGAAGUGGCCUUCAGGAGACCCAGUGCUGUCUGUCAUCUGACCCCAGAACUGGUGUGUCUGUCUGUGUGUGUGUGUGUCUGUCUGUGUGUGUGUCUGUCUG